AUGUACGCCGUGAUUCGUAUAAAUCCCGCGGAAACGGUGAGGCAACUCGGCGACUCAGUCGCGCUGGACGCUGCGCGUCAAAUGCAGACGAAACCCACUGUGCGCCCGCAGGAGGGUGAUUUUAACCGUUAUGAAUGUGGAAGAGCCCAGGAAGGCCAGGAGUGGCACUGCGGGGAUUUCCCCCAUGGCUGGGUACAACAUCCGGUUAGUUCAAGUGCUUAUAUCAUCAAUGCUGGACCUGAGCUGGUGGACACGAACGAGGCGUCCGGGACUCGGGAUCUAGCACGGCCUACAAGAUUAGCGAAGACCUUCGUGUCGACUCGAGCGUUGGGCGUCCACACUGUCCCAGCACGUCCUCGGCUCAAUAGCAAACAUCCCUUCCCCGAACAUGGACCAUGCGUGCCAAACACCUGCCGCUGUGAAUGGGCCGGCCGUAAUGUCAUGCCCAAGAACCUCUCGCAUCCGGGCUGGUACUACCUGACUCACCGUGUGGCCACGCCAACACCGGAGAGCGUGGCGCAGGGUCCGUACCGCUGGGAUGUACCGCGCGGGGGAGGAGCGACAAGGGAGCGCGCGGAGCAUGGCCACCCCCGUGAAGAGCACGACGCGAAAGCAGGCGUAGGUCACCCGAGGAGUCGGUCGCUCUACGCAAGCGCGAGCAUAGAGCGUGCCGGGCGCAUUCGCCUGCGCAGAUCCUUGUCUGGACGUCCCGCUCGCGCAACAUCGUGGUCGUCUCCGGGGUGGGCACCGCCGCCGCGCCACGCCGUGUUGGGAAACACUCCCUUGACGUUCCGCGCUCUCCCGACGCACGUCCUGCAAACCACUCACCCUUCGCACGUAACCGUCCAGUGCGCGCACCAGUCUUCACCCGGGCGAAACUCUUCUACCCAGGCCACGCAUCCUGCAAAAGUCUUUCGCGGGGACGCGCGAAUAAGGCCGACCUCGAGCGCCGGCUCAUGUGCUGGUCCGUACUCCGUCGCUGUAGAAUAUGUCGAUGAGUGGCUCGUCUCAUUGUGUGUCCUCACUGACUCGCGCUCGCCGCGCUCUCUCCACCCCCACACCCCCACAGUCUACCGCUGUACUACGACUGAAGGCGCAGGCGUCCGCGGGCAGGCUGUGGCGAUCGGAACGCGGGUACCAUGCCGGUGGACGUCGCGAUGCCUCACCCAGCUAGCGCGCACCCCAUGGCCGCACUUCCAGCAAGAAUGGAGCGCAGCCGCGCACGGGCUACGGGGGCUCAUCCGGCACGACCAGCAGUUGAACGUGCUACUGAUCGCGCAAGACCGGUGGUGGUAUCCCGCUGCAGAUCACAAGGACCUACUGCUAGCGCGUCCAUCAGCUGGUCGACGCACGUCAUCGUCGACACACUCGGUAAAACCAUCGAGCUCAACACCCUCGGCUCGCGCUUUCACCCCCGCCACGUACUACGCGAUCAUGCUCGACGUCGAGCAACACUUGCGGACCCGGCCAAGCUCCUCGCUGAAACGUUCUCACCUCGACAGGCCCGUGCGCGAACUGCGUGCGUUCAAGGGCGCGUGCGUGCUUGCGAGCCCGGUCUUCAACUGGCUGUUUGAGAUCCUUCGGCACGAUGGUGAAUACCCCCUCAGCGCCAACGGCACAUAUUUGGUAAUUCCCACCAUCGAAGAUAUGGAUUUUCACCCAAAAGUAGAUGGUGAUCAAGCUCAUGAAACAGUCUCGAUCAAGGAGCGUGAAUUCUACCCCUAUACCAUCGGGUUCGUCUCUCCCCACCUCCCGCACGCCGAAGACGUGGUCUCCGGGUGCACGGGCGUCGCACAGAUGUGCGUCCCCAUCUGGCCCGACGAUCCUGCUGCCGCCUCUAUAGACAGAGGCGACGCGAGCUCGGGCGGUUCAAGCGCGGCGUUGGAGUUCGUCCUCACGGAGCCCAACCCGUUUCCUUUCCGCGGAUGUUUCCACUGGCCGCUGGGCGCGCGUGUCCUCGUUCGACCCCAUGCCGGCGGGUGGUCACUGAGCCCCAAAGCAAUCAAACUCCCGGAGGAGUCGCGGCUGGAUUUGUUCGAGUGUUGGGCCGCCGGCCUCGGCGCGGAUGGUGACGCAAAGGUGCAGAACCCGUGGGGCCUGUUUCUGUGUGCGGACGGUAGCCACGGAUUUGAUAGUGGCUCUCGAGGCUCUGUCGACGGCAUUGGAGCUCCCAAAGAAGGGCAGAAUGCGUCCAACGGGGACAGGUUGUCGCCCCUUGAAUUCUAUCUUAUCGCUGAAGAACAACGAGCACACUGUGAACCCGCAUCCUCAAGCGAAGAGGCUUCAUCCAAGGCAGCCGAAGAUCCUGUAUUGAUCCCUGUCGUGCACUUGCACUAUGAGCUGGUCGACCAUCUCACCUCCGCCGGCAUCCCUGACCCUAGAGAUAUGUUGGCCGAGUUGGAACAUCUCAAGAGCAUCUUCGACGAUUCCCAUGCGCGCAUGUCUGGCGAACGUUCGCCGGACUACGGCAAAACGCUCGACCAGGAGGACACCGACGAGUACAGCUUUGUACAAAGUUGCUCCGAAGAAGGUAUCAUCAAGCCAACGAAGAAGAGAUCUUUACGCCGGGUUUUCAACAGCGCUGUCAAGCGACUCCGGCACUCGUCGCCGGAGUCAACGUGA